AUGGGGGGAAAAAUGUUCACGAUUCUUUACUUUAUUCUGCUAUGUUUCAAGAUUUUCAUAGCAUAUGAGCCUUAUCGAGCCAGCCACAUCAGAGCAACGUCUUUUGAAACUGUUGACUCAGGUAAGUAAAUUUGUAAUCAGUACGUACAGUAUACACAUGGUGCAACUUGCACCGUGCAAGUUUGCUUCGAAGUUCAUAGGGGAUACAUAUGAAACUUAUAAUGCUAUCGUUAACAUGCAACGGUUGUGUCACAAAUUGCAGUACCGCAUAAUGUGACAGUAUAUGCAAUAAGAACAAUUUUCACAUAAAGCUGAGGUGCAACUUAUCGCGGAAGGUUAUUUGAACAUGCAAAAAAUUUUUUAAACAGGAACUUGUAUAAUUCAAAUUUCUUUAGUAGCUAACCUCAUUUCAAUACAUUGGAAUGUUUUCACAUUUUAUAGUCAUACAACUUCACCCCAAAACUGCGAAAGGUGCAAAGCUGGGAUGAAUUAAAACUAUAGAAUGCAUGUACCUUAAUAAUUAAUAUGCUAUGCAUGUGAACGAAAGCCACAAAAUUCUUUAAUAUUAUUUCCAUUAUUACUCAUAGGUUAUGCCCUGCAAAAUCAUGUUAUUGAAGUAGUCCACGAAUAUUCACCGUUAGACUGUGGUUUUGCAUGUCUUCAAACUGCAGACUGCCAAUCCUAUAACACACGCCAGGAAUCCAGUGAUGUAUACGAAUGUGAAAUGAGCAGUAGUACAAAGACUCAUCAUCCUAACGAUUUUACAGCCGUUGCAGGAGUAACCUAUUAUGGAAGUGAUAUGUUUCCUGGGGUACGUAUAUAAAGAAUUCCGUAAAUUCAAGAUGUUAAUGGUUGACAGUCGGAUUUUUUAUGAACUUGAUAUGGAAACACGGAAUAUCUCAGUUAUAAAGAGGGGGGUGGGUGUGGUUAGAAGUGGAGAAAGCUAUGAUAAAUUGUACAUCGGCAUUCCACAUUCCAACGAGAAAAAAAUAUAUAGCUGCCCCCUUCCCUCACACGUCAUAAAAAUCCCCCCUACCAAAAAAAAUAACCCCCCAAAUUGUUCUUAAAAAAUAAUACCCUCCUCAUUUCCAUGUCAGUCCCCCAUCCUGUGUUAAUAAAUGGACGGUCCCUUAAAACGUUGAAUAAGAUAGAACUAUUUACGAGUAUUUCUGAGAUUUCAUUCCUCACUUUAUUGCAUGCAAUUUAUAUUUAAUAAAACGAUUAUUAAUCUGUCAUUUCGUUUCUCUGACUAAACGUUAAUAUUAAUAUCUCAUUAUGAUAACAUUAAUAUCAUGACAAAAUACAUUAUACCGAAGCGGGCAGCCUAGAACAUUGCCCGAUUUUUAAGUAGAACCUGCCGGACUGCAUGGCUGCAGUCCUCCAUCUCGUACCCUAUAUAACCGUAUUGUUCUCGACUAAUUUUUUAUGUGUAUUUUUCCUUUAAUUUGCAAGUGCGAAAAAACCUUCCUAUAUUACUACAGUGAAACACGCAAUUUGAUUGGUCAAUAGCCGUGAAGGAACAGACAAUCCUGCACGGGAAAUUUAAAUGCCUAAUUCGCGCAAGCUUUUAAAAAUAUCGGACAAUGUAAACAUUUUAACAUGUGAAGUUAUGAACAGUGUAUUAAACGAGAGGCAAGUUAACAAAAACGUUAAUAAAGUUAUAUGAUUAAUAAAUUUUACCGUUUAAAUAAAGUUAACGUUUUAAUAAAGUUAACGUGUUUCACUGUAUAGUUAUUUUAUAAAACAAUUAUCAAUAUGGUUUUCCGUGCAGGAUAGCUAUAGCGUUCACCCAUGUACACGGCAUGUUGCAAGACUUUCGGAAAGCGCAAAACAAGAGGCCAGACAACAUUAUUUUUGUACAUGACGAAGUACUAUAACCAUUUACAAAUUUCAUCUUUUCAUACACCUACCACAUGCACCCAUAUUUUGUUGUUUUCUGAAUCUUUUCAAGAAAACUUCCAUUGAUAUUUUUUUAGCUUGGUUGCGCGGUUGUUGUUUGUCCAAAUAAAAAUUGUAGAGAGACAAAGACUUAUCCAUAUUACCACUGCCCAGAUGGUGAGUAAACAAAAUACGUUCUAUCUCUAUCAUACCAAAGGGAAAAAGUUUUACAAUUUCUUCCUUCCUAAGUACUUUUAACGUUUUGUAAUUUGUAGUAUCGAUUGUGCCGUCAUUUUGCACUGUCUGGGCUCCUCUCCCGUCUCACGAUAUCAUGCCCUCAGCCGAAUGAGAUAAUGACAUUUCUCACUUCACGGCUGGAAAUCGAGAACUGGGAAAAUUCGUGACAUAUACUUUGUUAUACAGUCUAACCUGUAUUUAGCGGUCACCCUCGGGGACAGGCAUUAAAAUACGGAAUUUUUACAAGGACACACUUUGCCUUCAGAGGCGUAUUUUUGGUAUAAAUGCGCAGACUCACGAGAACGAUUGGCGAAGCCACAAGUUUAGCGUCGAAGACGCGAGCUUUUAAGGGGGUCUCUGAAAUGGCAUUUCAGAGUUCGGUGAACAGAAUUUGGAAAAUAUGUUGCCAUUUUGCGUGGAUUACAUUAAUAUAUUUUCUGUUUAAUAUAUUUUCAAGUACACACUUUUCAAUUUACAAGGGCGCAUUCGCCCUUUACAAGGACACAAAGUGUGUACAAGGACACGCUAUUUUAAUGCCUGCUCGGGGAUUUCGCAAGUGACCGCUAAAUUAAAUACAGGUUGACCGCCUAAUACAGGUCUUGUAGAAAAUCACCAGACGGCUUAAAUUGCUUCAUACGUCCACAUAAACUGAAUAUACUGUUGACACUUUCAGUGAUUAUGGAAGUAUGUUCUUGCCGAAUAAAGAUUUAAUUAUAUAUUGUAUUUAUAUGAUAAUUUUCAUUGGAUAAUUGAAUGAAUAAAUUAUUAUUUUAAUAAAUGUUGAUUUAUCUAAAUUUAGUAACAUGCACUAUAUGACAAAUGCCGCCUAUAGUAGUACUCUCCAACGUAAACGUAAUGGCAUUCUUUUGGAAAAUACUAGUAUACUACGCAAAAAAAUUUCCAAGGCUACGUUUGUAAGCCUGAUUUUCUUAGCCAAUUGAUAUACUUGAAAUACGCGGAAAUAUUCAAUUAGUUUGCGCUAAAUUAAAUUGCGUGAUUUUUAAAACUGAGCGAAAGCGAGCAUGCACCACGCGAGUUAAAAUACAAGUAAGGUAUGCAAAAAUACAAUCGGUGCGUGAUUUUAUCAGUAUCUUAUUUUUUUCGAAAUCAUAGCCUUAGUAGUUAUUCAAAAAUAGUCAUGUUGCAUGCACAUGUUGAACUUAUAGUGCACUUGUUUGAGCCGCCAACGUACUAUUUUGCGCAUACUCUAGUUCACCACACUGUAGUACUGGCCUAUUUUAUUCAUUUUUCAGAUGGGUUUGACUUAAAGUUUCCUUCUACUCGAAAUCAUUCAGCGAAAGGAGACGAUUCCUCUAGUCUGGAUGAAGUAUCUAUCUGCUUCUGGUGCAAGACAAGCCAAGUUAAAGCGCCAUUCUUAAGUUAUGAAAACAAUGGCCAUCCACCUAGCUUGCUUAAUUUAGUCUAUUCAGAUGGUUAUGUUACUUUGCAGAUAAAUAACAAAACAGCGUAA